GCAUUAAGUCGUUAGGGUACAACCAGACAGGACGCACUUACUCCGAGCUGCCGCCAUUCGCCUGCCUUGGCGUGUGUGUACCGUUAGUUCAGCUGUCCCGUGCAGAGUGGGAAAAUUAGCGGGGAAGCCCCAACAUCGAACCGAAAUCGCAAUCGAAUCAUAGCCAAAUUUAAAGUCGCUGACUAUCGAGGUGCAUAAAAAGAAACUUGCUGGCUAGUGCGUGAAGAAAAAACUGCCAAAACAAGAAAAGUCAAAGAAAAUUCAAAGAAAAUAAAUACUCCAAUUCCCUCUGUGGCAGCUCCCGCGCGUCCAAGUGUGUGUAAGUGUCGUCUGUGCGUGUGUGCGUGCGUUUCCCCAAAACCUUCAGAUCGAGUGUGUUCAUCAACAACAAAUAAGAUAAAAAAUUCAAAAAAAAAAAAAAAAUAUAUAUAUAUUGAAUAAAAUACAAAAUGUAUACAAGCGACAAGUAGAAGCAAGUCGCAUUAAAUCAUAGCCAAUUAAAAAUAUUUGCUUAAACGAACCAAGAUAAAAAUCCAAUUUAAAUAAAAGUUUUUUUCAUUAUAACUCACCACAUAAAGGCAAUAUGCAAAUAUUAAACAAAAAAACACUCAGAAAAUGUUAAACAAAAAUAAAUGAAUGCAAAUUAAAAAGCACGAGGAAAAGCCAAAACAAAUAACAACAACAACAACAAUGUGUUCAUAACUAUUAAAAACAGAAAAUUAAAAUAAAAAAGCAGUGGCUUAAAUUAACGCAUAAUGCUAAAUCGAAACCAAACUCAUCUGAAUCUCUACUCUCGCAUCCAUGUUUCUGCAUCCGCACCCGUAUCCGCAUACGCAUUCGCAUCCGCACCUGUAUCUGUAUCCGAAUCAGUAUCGUUGCAUCUGCUAAGCGAAUGAGACGAUGCAGCAGCAAACAUGCCAGCUAAAUUCCAAUCCAAAAGCCCAGAAUCAAUACUUCAAUCAGUCUGGCCAGCAAGCAAUCAAGCAAUUCCAUCAUCAAUCUCGCAAUUGCCAUCAACUCAUCAACAAUAACAAAUGCAACCAGCACUGCAACAACUGUCCCAACUUAAAUGCCACUAACUAAAUGCAUCCAACUAAAGCAAACUAACUUAAAUAACUCGAAACAAUAAGCCUAAAAAAAAAAAGAAAGAAAAUAACCAAAACACCACUCGAAGGCGAACGAAAAGAGAACGAAUUCAAUACAAUUUUCAUAUUAAUUAUGGAACAUUCAUCAACAAUUUUGUUGUGUUUGUUCCAUUGUAAAAGCCAAAAGGUCGCCGAUACUUUGCAGCUGCAGCAACAACGACAACUGCAAAAAUCCGCAACAACUCCAGCAUCAGCAGCAGCAACAAAAUCCAUUAGAAGACCAACAACAUCCGCAGCAGCAAAAUCGGCAGCAGCAUCAGCAACGCAGCAGCAACUACAAGCUUCAUUUCGACAAAAUUGCUGGCUAACAUCUUACAACUGAACGAAACAACGAUACUAAGCUGUACUACAAAAUAUAAGGAUCAACAAACAAAAAUAAAAUCAACCAGAAAAACAACAACUGCUACCUAAGGUUUCUCAAAAUCCAACAAAAACAAAACCAAAUAAAUCAAAAAAAAAAAAAACAAAAACAAACUCAAAUAGAAAAUGAAAACCAUAUAAGCUACCCAGAAAAAGUGCAAAUUAUGUAAAUUAUUUCAAAGGAAAAACGCAAAGGAAAAACCGAAGAGCACGCGAAAGAGAAUUAGUCAAAUAAAAACGAAAUUCUGCAAAAAAAAAAAAUAUCUGUGACCAGACGAAAACCGGAAAUUAAAUCUGCAACGCGGAACCAAAGUGGAAGAGGAAGCAGAGCCACAACCACAACCGCAGCAAAAUCCGAAGAAAGUCGACGGAAAGCGCGUGCCAAAUAUUUGCUCGAAAAAUACCAGAAUAAAAUAAUAAUCAAAGGCGCUUCCACAAAUAAGAAAAAAAAAAAAAACAAGAAAAGAAUCAAAUUGAGAGAUUCUAGUUUCUUUGUAGAUAGUUUAAAGCGUCCCAUGAAAUCUGCUGCAUUGCACUGAGAAGGUGUGGUACAAGGAGUACGUACUUCUGGGAGACCAUCGUCGACCAUUGUUGAACUCUGACCCACAAGGCGGCGCAUUGUCUCGGUGUAUUGUGCUAAUCAUCGCCAGUUGGGAGCACCGGGCGCUGUUGCCCUGGCCAACUAUUUAGCCAAGGUGACGAGGCGGGGACGGCCAACCACUUCAAGAGGCAGCUCAACCACACCAACGCCCACUGUGAAAGGAGGCGACGGAUCGGGCGGAGGACCAGGACCACGAGCAGAAGGUGCAGCCGGGGCGGGGUAGCCAUUCAACCCGAGAGCCACGCGAUACAAACAAGCCAAGGACAUGGACUCCCCGCUGCCAGCGUCGCUGUCGCUGUUUGUCCUGUUGAUCUUUCUGGCGAUAAUUAAAGAAAGCUGUCAAGGACCUCAUGAAAAGCGCCUGCUGAACCAUCUGCUGUCCACCUACAAUACGCUGGAGCGACCCGUGGCCAAUGAAUCGGAGCCCCUGGAGGUUAAGUUCGGACUGACGCUGCAGCAGAUCAUCGACGUGGAUGAAAAGAAUCAGAUUCUGACCACAAAUGCGUGGUUAAAUUUGGACGAGAAGAAUCAGCUUCUCAUAACGAAUCUUUGGCUUUCGUUGGAGUGGAACGACUACAAUCUGCGCUGGAAUGAAACGGAAUACGGCGGGGUCAAGGAUCUACGAAUCACGCCCAACAAGCUGUGGAAGCCCGACGUGCUCAUGUACAACAGCGCGGAUGAGGGAUUCGAUGGCACGUAUCACACCAACAUUGUGGUCAAACAUAACGGCAGUUGUCUGUACGUGCCCCCUGGUAUCUUCAAGAGCACAUGCAAGAUAGACAUCACGUGGUUCCCAUUUGAUGACCAACAUUGCGAAAUGAAAUUCGGUAGUUGGACUUACGAUGGAAAUCAGUUGGAUUUGGUUUUGAAUUCCGAAGAUGGAGGGGAUCUUUCCGAUUUCAUAACAAAUGGCGAGUGGUACUUGCUUGCCAUGCCGGGAAAGAAGAAUACGAUAGUCUACGCCUGCUGCCCAGAACCAUAUGUCGAUAUCACCUUUACUAUACAAAUUCGUCGCCGUACAUUAUAUUAUUUUUUCAAUUUAAUUGUGCCAUGUGUGCUAAUCUCAUCGAUGGCCCUACUGGGCUUCACAUUGCCGCCGGAUUCGGGCGAGAAACUGACGCUGGGAGUUACAAUUCUUCUAUCGCUCACAGUGUUUCUCAACCUUGUAGCUGAGACAUUGCCCCAAGUAUCUGAUGCAAUCCCCUUGUUAGGCACCUACUUCAAUUGCAUCAUGUUCAUGGUCGCCUCGUCGGUGGUGCUGACAGUAGUGGUGCUCAACUACCACCAUCGCACAGCGGACAUUCACGAGAUGCCACCGUGGAUCAAGUCCGUUUUCCUACAAUGGCUGCCCUGGAUCUUGCGAAUGGGUCGACCCGGUCGCAAGAUUACACGCAAAACAAUACUAUUAAGCAAUCGCAUGAAGGAGCUGGAGCUAAAGGAGCGCUCCUCCAAAUCCCUGCUGGCCAAUGUCCUCGACAUCGACGACGACUUCCGGCACACAAUAUCUGGCUCCCAAACCGCCAUUGGCUCGUCGGCCAGCUUCGGUCGGCCCACAACGGUGGAGGAGCAUCACACGGCCAUCGGCUGCAAUCACAAAGAUCUUCAUCUAAUUCUCAAAGAAUUGCAAUUUAUUACGGCGCGGAUGCGCAAAGCUGACGACGAAGCGGAAUUGAUCGGCGAUUGGAAGUUCGCGGCAAUGGUUGUGGAUAGAUUUUGUUUAAUUGUUUUCACGCUCUUCACGAUUAUUGCAACGGUUACGGUGCUGCUCUCCGCUCCGCACAUAAUCGUGCAAUAAGGACGCUCGAAUUAGGCCAUUAAGCUACGGAUACGUCGGAAGCAUCGGCUGACGGGAGAUGCCUAGUUAAGUUCUUUUUCAAAAACAAAAAAACUAGCAAAGCUGCUUCAAAACAAAGCAAACAAAAACAAACAACAAAGAAAACUACAAAAAAAAAUAAUAAUAAAAACAAAAAAUUGUUAAUUACAUUUUUAAGUAAAGACAAAGAGCAAAACGAAAAUGUUGCAAGAAAAAAAAACAAAAAGAAAACAAACAAAAUCAUGUACUAAAAAAUAUUUUAUGGACAAACCAAACAAAAAAGCAAAAAUUACUGCCGUACAAGAACCGAAAAAGUGUUAAAUAGGCUACACACAUACACACACAAAUUAUAAGAGUUAAGCAAACAAGCAAAAAGAAACAACAAUUCGGUUAGGAAUAGCCGUAAAAAAAGGAGCAGCAGGACGAAAAGGAAAACAAGGAAACAUCGCGGGACAGGACACUCAAAAGUUACAUGACACAGACACACUCACAUACAUCUAGGUAAUUGUAUGUACAAUAACAGAGUUAUAAGUUAAUUAAUAUGCUCAGUUGUUAUAAUUUAUGUAAGGUGAACGGACGACACACAAACACACAGACACAGCUAAACCUAAGAUAUAUGAUAUAUGUAUAAGAUAUUGUUCCUAUGAGACAUUAGAUAUGUAUUUAAAAUGGCAAACACACUCACGUACAGAAGAUACACACCGACACUGAAGCACUUAAUUGACAAAUGCAAAAACAAGGGAAUGAAACCAUUUAUUCGCAGGAAAGGACGAAAACAGGAUAGGCACAUAAGGACAGUUGAGGGAUUGAGAGGUAAAAUUUAUGGUCUGAUGACCCUUUGUUGUCUGCAUUUUUAAGCUCUAAUAUUUUCGCUUUCGGUUUUCAUUUCGGGAUCACGUGGACCAACACUAUUUUGUUUGAUUUCCUUCAUUCCAGUUUGCAAACAAAAUAUGAUCCCAGUGAAGAAACCCUUGCGAAAUCCCAUUUGAUUAUAUACUCACUUCGGUUUUACUUUUACAUCUUUUGGAACGCUUUUGGAGAGAUAUUUGCAAGAUAGCUGAUUGUAAAUGAUAACAAACUGACACAUAAUAAUUGGAAAGGUCUAUAUAUACAUACAUAUACUCAUAGUGAAUUGAAUUAAUUUUUAAAAGACGCAUUCACGAACACGGUGAAGGGAAGGGCAUGUUCGUUGAACAUCAUGUUUUUAGAAAAUUUAUUGUUGAAAUAUUGUAGCGAAUUGAGUAAGCAUUAAGGGCGAAUGAAACCGAGUUAUAGUCACCAAUUAAUUAGUCAAAGUAAUAAUAAACGGAAAUUGAAAACCAGAGAUCCCAAAACCGAACUAGCAAUACAAGAACAACAGGUGUAUAUAUAUUUUAUGACACAUAUAUCACCGCAUAUAUACAUACACAUAUAUAUACGCAUAUAUAUAUAUAUAUAUGGAUAUAUUUUUAAUAAAACAAUACGGAAUCGAGCAAAACUAAAGACACUAAGCAGAUGAAGCUAAGCAGCGCAAGAACAGAAACCCACUAAGCAAAACCCAUAAAAACCAACCAACCGAACCUAACAAAAUGCCACUCGAAAUCACAAGGAUAAAAUCACAAUUUUGUUGGAAAUUUCGCAUAGUUUUCGGAUGAGUUCUCUUUGUCUAUAUCUAUGUACUCACGUAUACCCCUGUGUAUUCCUAGAAACGAGCUUCGAAUUUUGUCUACUUUACUCUGCUCUCCCCCCCAAAAAAAAAAAAAAAAAACACACAAAGCAAAACAGUGAUAUUUAUGGUAUAGCCCCCAAAAAGACGAACUCAAACACUCUUUCCGGAACCCACCUAAGAAACCUUGAAACGUGAAUGUUUUCUACACAAAAACCAAAAUCAAUGAAAAACCUACCUCCUUAUCGAAUGAGAACGAUAAUGAUCGAAGGACGAUGAAGCAUAGAAACACUGCCGAGUUAAUCGCACUACCCACUCCCCUCGUAACAAAAAAAAAACCACGAACCCAUUUUCUUAUUUUCGUCCUGCCAAAGAGAAUUUCUAACAGAAUUGUGUGACGAGCAACCACUUUUGAUAGCCAGACGUAAAGUUUACUUAACGGUUAAACCAGAUCGGCCCUAUACAUAGCCACUAUGCCCGAUGCCCGAUGUCAAAAUUUCCGAAUGUCAGAUUGUCAGAAGGAAUCCAAUCGAGUGCUGAAAUCAAUUGAAGGAACUGCAGAUCAGAUCUAAGCGUUUAAUGUGUAUACACUCACUUUGUAUGGUUUAUUUGCAUUUAGGUAUAUUUAAAUUUAGAUUUGAUAUGAGACGAUUUUUACUUGCGCCCAGAGCGAUGGGUGGUAAUCCUACCGAAAACUGCUCUGUCCCCAUGAGGUUGUUGUUUUUCGAGGUGCGAAUUCCACUUGAAAUUAAGAUCUUGAGUUGAAGUUUCAGAAACAGAAUAAGAAUAAGAUGUGGAGAGAUAGAGAGCGAGAGCUGCGGAGGGUGUGUGCAUUUUAAAUUUAAUUUUUUUUAUAAUUAAUUUAGUGCUAAUCUUUGAGCAGCUAGGCGCAUAAUUAGAACUACGUAUAUGUGUAUGGAUGUCUUUUUGAUAAAAAGAAGCUGUUUUAAGAAGCAAACCAUUUUCUACACUCUUUAAAAGAUUGAACUCUACGUGUACGAGAUUAUGUAUAAUACAAGUAAUAAUAAUUUAGCGUUAACUAGGCAAUUAUAAAAUGCGGUGACCUGCAAAAGGAGCCAUAAACUAAGCGUCCUACAUUAGGAGAGGUCGACCUUCGACCUCAGCGAUUACCAGAGAUAAAGUUAAUGCGAUAGUGCAGUUGCGAGCGGGAAGGCGAAAACUAAAACGAUAAACGAAUUUAAAAUUGAUAAUGAAAAUUAAAAUGAAAUUACCACGAAACCAAACUUGUAGCGAAGCCAAGUGCUUUUUCAUUUGAAAACUCUACUACUCACUUACGACUUACCUACUUUGCAAGUAUUAACUAAUUUCCUCUGAUCAGAGUUACACGCAAUCGCGAAAUGCAAAAAGCUAAUUACAAAACGGUUGGUACACGCCCAAAACACACACAGUCAGACAUGGAAAAUGAAAAAUGAAAGCAUUCAAAUUGUUCGUAUUACAAACAAAAAAAGAAACAAAUAAUAAUAAAGAAAUCAGCAAACCGAAGAGUUCGAGUUUCGUUUCAAUUGCACUCCGCAUGUUCUCAAACCCCCCAGGGCAAUUAAACAGAGUUCAACAAUAAAUAGCGCAUUAAAAACCGAUUCGAGAAACACUUUUUUAAACAAGGCAAAUAUAUUUAAAAUUAGCAUUUAACUAAACGACAACAAAAACUUAGUCUAUAAACCGCGAAUGUUUAGCACUAAACUGACCCGAGCAGAAAUCUGCCAGCCAACCCGAAUCCAAAUCCAAGACUCCACCUGUGUCCCAAGUCUAACUACCACAUCAAUUUAAAUAGCUUAUUGCAUAAUUAUUAAACCGUUACUGAAUUUCUGUCGAUUGCCAAUCGCGAAAAAGAAAACCAUAAAAAUCUUCCCGAAUAUUAUGCAUGUAAAAAAGGAAAUGGCUAAGUCAAAAAGCAAAAAAAUUAGCAAGAAGUCUGUUGUCAAUAAGAAUUAUUGGCAGACAAAUAACUUUCGUCACAUUGACGAUAAUAACUAAUUUUAAGAGAAAAACCAAGGAAUU